AUGGCGGCGAAGCCAAAAGACUACACUGUGAUCCCCUUGUCAACUAACCCCUCUCAGCCCAGAGAGCAAAAAAGAAGUCAAGUUGCUCGAGCAAGGGAUUCUCUGGAACAACCUUUCGAUGAGGAAUUCUGGAAUAAGGUCCAAGAUGUGUUUGCCAAGGGAGGGUUGUCCUGGGCUUUGGCUAUGGAUGAGGUCCGUACUGACAGACUUGUCAUGGAAUACAAAGAGCAAACCCUGCAGGUGCUGAUACGUGACUGGCCGCAGAAAGAGGAGUAUAAGGGCAAACCUGAGCUCAUAGCCAGCCUUGAACAUCAGAUUGAUCGCUUCACAGAGAUCAUCUUAGACAAAGAUAAGAAUGGCACUGAUUCACAGCCACCUGAAGAGCAUUAUAAAUUUUUCCGGGUGGAUGAGGACGACGACCAGCGCAGGCCGACUAUACUACAUCUUGCUGCCGAGCGUAACUUUGCCCAUGUUGCCAAGACAAUAGUCGAUCACUACCCAGGCUUAUUGUACAUGCCUACAGAGGAGUAUGACGAUUGUCGUGAGCUGUUACCCGUGGAGGUGGCGCUGAUAGAGUUUAACGACGAGACUGCCGCGUAUUUGAUUGGUCACAUGAGGCAUGAAUGGGUUCAUGAUUUGUUUCUGUGCAAAGGAGGCGAUGAAAAAGCCCGUUUCAGUUUCGGAGAAUACAUCAGGCACCCUCAUAUGAAGAGAACAGUUGUGGCCGUUUUGGAUCGUCUAAUUAGCCCUCACUGGCCAUACCUUCCGAGGAAAAAAGAUCGAUACAACUCGGAUCAAGAAGAAAGAGGUAUCGACAUGGCUUGGAGUAGUGUCCCUGACGACCCGAUGAAUUAUCACUUCUUCUACCAUCUCCUUGACUCUGAUGAGUGUGGAAGAGUGCCCAAAAUCAACGGCAAAAUUAAUAAGAACUUCACAGUCAAGGCGAAAUCGAAUUUACACUACCUUGCAGACAGCAACAAUAAGGAAGCCAUUCAGCACCCUGUGGUACGCAUGCUUGUUAUGACAAAAUGGCGUCGAUUCGCACAUUGGUGGUUUGGGCUGCAAGCUUCGUUCUAUCUCUUCUUCCUUUUCGUGAUGUCGUUUGCUCUGAUCUACGGCUCGUCGAGACCCGAUCCCCUCAAGUACGACGGCAAAGCAGACGGCAUGCGUGCUUUCUGUGAGAUUGCUACCGUUAUCCUGGUUAUGGUCUACUUCUAUGCCGAGUGUUUGCAAGCUGACAAGGAAGGACUGUACCGAUAUUUCCGUGACCCAUAUAACUAUUUCGACUGGCUUGGUCUUACUCUGACAUUCUUGGUGAUUCCUCUUCGCUUCGCAAACACCAAGGUUCAAUGGACGGUUGCUUCUAUCGGCUUCCUCUUCAACUUCCUCCGAGUGUUCAAGUUCUCAUGUGUUACAAGAACCACUGGCUUGUACACCAAGACUUUGGCUAAAAUAGUCUAUCGUGAUAUGACUCGCUUCAUGGCAGUCUUCGUUGUCAUCUUCCUGGGGUUCUGCGGUUCUCUCUACAUCUCACUGAGCGCUAUGAACUCCCAAGCGUUGUUCAGUGGCUUUCCAAGCGUGAUGCUUGUCGGGAUACGUGCGCUCGUCGAACAGAACCCAGUAGAUGAAGACUACUCUAAAUUCAAGUGGUUGUCUGUGCUGAUCAUUCUUGUGUACAUGGCGAUGGUGGUCGUGAUCUUGCUGAAUAUCCUGAUCGCUCAGCUCAGCUACACGUACGCCGAGGCGAAGAAGAUGGCCAAGCUCCAGUACGACAUUGAUCGCGUGCUGAUAGUCACCAAGCUGGAGCACAGUCGCUUUGCUAGAUUCGUAAGAUCUCGUCUCUACCCCAAGUCUUGUGUGAAACAUUUUGCUAAACAUAUUGUGUCUCGUUUUGGAAAUGUCGCAUCCCGAGAAGUAUUCAUUGUCUACCAAGAAGACCUAUCACGCCUCCCUCAACACAGUUCCCACUUCCAUGGGCUUACUCACAAGCACUCGAUAUUAUCUAUCAAACAUGAGUGUCAAAAUGAAUUCAUGAACUUGCGAAUGAAAUACUACCAAGAGGGAGACUGGAUCGGGGAGGUCAAACUAGCUAAAGAGCUUCUUGAGUAUAGCGAGGAUAGCAGCCGCUGGGAAAGCAUCGAGGAGAAACUCAGCCUCAUUCGCGACAUGAUGCGAAAAGUUGUCAAACGUCUUCCCGUCGGCUGAUAACGAAUCCUAAGGAAAAGGAGGAACCAAGGGAAAGAGGAGUGAGGAGGCCAUCGUUUGGCUGUACACUCUAGAUGUUAGCUACGCUAUCAGUUACAUCCAGUUUGUACAAGAUGAUUUGAAGACUCUUUUUCCGAUGUGUUUUUUUUUUUUUUUUUUUAGUAUAUAGCGCAAGAUUAUAACAACCAGAACAGUAAGAGUGCAUUGCAGUUACAAACUCUAGAUAAUUUAAAAUAUUGUUGUGGAAUCCAACCCAUGAAUAAGAACGUCUGGUUCAUUCUAUUUCUAAUCCAUGAAAUAGUCUAUGGACGAUGAUUAAAAAAAAAAAGUUAUUUCAAUAUUGAAAAUGGUGGUUGGAUAUGGGUUAAGCCAAGCGGAUGAACCAAACGAUCCAUGUGACAUUGUGAGAUUCUUUUUAUGCUAGCUAUGGUCUCUAAUGGCGCAUUCUUAAAUAAACCGUAGGCCCCCAAAAACUGGCAACAACUUGCAUAUUCAGAAUGUUUGUUAACGAAGUUAGAAUAAAAGAUACCACAAAGAAA